UCUUGACUAUAGUGAUAAGAUUGAAUUGGGUUAUUGUAGCUUCAACACUGAGACUGUUAAAGGAGGUUGCUGUUCAUGGCGCAACACCUUAAUUUCAAGGUUAAGAAUUAAUGUUGUAGAGGUGUGCAUUCUUGAAGAAUUUGUUUUUGUAGAAUGUUCAAAAGAGUUGGCUUUCUGGUUUAAAGAAGUGCUCAUAACUGCUGCUUAUUCUAGAAAUUUGCAUUGGAGUUGCACGAUAUUCAGUAUCCCAACUGAAAUGGAAUAUCAUAGCAAUGAGACUUCUGUGUAACUUCCUCCCAUCCUUAGAUAAAGAUGGUAUUUUUAUAGGCUUUUUGAAAUGUGAAGUAGCUCACAGUUCCCUUCUUUUCCUUCUCGAUUUCCACAGUAUAACCUGCUCACAUGUAGCCUUUUAGUGUGUUAUCUGUUUAUCUGUGAUGAUGUACAUGGAGCAGGAUUUUCUGUUGGAAAUUCUAGAAAAGUAGAAGUUGCUGUUCUGCUAUUCAGUUUAAGGGUUUGAGCAGAAUUCUUCAGUUUGUAUUCUGUAAUUUAGCCUGCAGCUCAGGCUAUUUCGUACAGGUACAGCUAAUAAAAGAGGCUUUGCAGCCUAUUCAGUGUUAUGGCUGGAGGCGUAUUUUUACAGAUAGAGCAGUGUACAAGCAUCUUUUAUUUGCAAGGAAUAAUAGAUGCUUGCUGCAGUUAUGCUAACAGUGACAGGUAUGCAAUGACUUAAUCUCAUGAAAGAGAAAUCCCUAAUCAGUCAUUCUUGUUUGUCCUGAAUUUCUUUGUAUGCUCCUGUAACUGAGAAGAGGCAGUGAUGCCAACUGUCUCCAGGCAUGUCUUCUCUUAAUGUUCUGAUUCUGCUGCCUGAUAGUAAAGUAACUUACAAGGAAAUUGCAGCUGUCUAGUUCAUGACUGAGAAUGGAGGUCAGCUUUUAAACCACGUCGUCCUCUUUUCCUUAUGGUUUAUGGGGUUAUCUUUCAUUUGAAGGUGUACUGUGAUUUGUGCUGUGCUAGUAGCCAUUUAAAAUGUAUCAAAAGAAGAAAAAAAGGAGGUAUAACAUAAAUAGAGUGCUUCUAAGAAAGCUGAUUUGCAUUUAAUCUGAAGCUUUCUGUUCUGUUUAUGACCAAGGGUCUCAUUUAUAUUAGGAAAACUGCAGUAUCUGUUCUUUGGACUGCUUAUCUUUGUUAGGGCGUAAGAUUUGUUCAUCCAGAGUAGUUAUAUUAAGCCCUGGAGUGAAGUUAGUUUGCUUUUUCAAAGCAUGUUAGCUUGGGCUUGUUAGGUUUUCUUCUUCAGGUUUGCAUUCUUGAUUUAGUACAAUUUAGGUUAACUUAUCUGUUUUCGUUUGAUCAAUAUAUAUAUUUUUUUAAGACAGAUUUGUUGUUCAUUCCCACAUUUACUUUUGUGUAUGAAUUGUGAUUAGAGGUUGUCCUGUCAGAUGUCUCACACCAAAUGUUCUUUCCUUGUGAGACCCAAUACUUGAAGUAAAUUAAAAUGCGGUGCUCUUAUCAUGGAGGGUGCACGGUGGUUUUGAAAGUUUGAAUCUGCAUUUUAACACAGUGAGAAGGAAUUGUACACUGAAUGCAGGGAACAAUAGCUGGUGCUGGGUAUUUGUAAAGGUUUAAUUUAUGUUCUUGACUUCAACAUGAACAAGAACAAUGUGAAUUAUUUAAGCAGGCUGGGAACUGAAAAAACUUGAACUGUAUCAGGCUAUGAAUGUAUGAAGCAUUCUGUAAUCCAGUCCUACUGGAAGUCUCCUCAAAAUAAUGAGUUAGCUCAGUCCAGAGUCCUGUUGUAACUGUUUGGCAUUAGUAAAUCAUUUAUAAAGUUUUAGGUGAAGGAAAUCAGUUGUUGAACAACACGGAACUUGCAUACUACUUACUUUGUAAAGAACUUCUCAUUUUCAAAUCCAAGGACAAUGAAUUUAUCCAGGUCAAACCCUCUUGCCUCAAAACCUGCUGAUCUUCUGUGUUCAGCUGUUAAUCUCCAAUUGAAUGUGUGGAAGAAGUUUGAUUUGUGGUGCUUCUGUACUUUCCCUGACUUUAUUAAGAUCUAGUUCAGGAGGUUGUAAGACACUGAUUAAAAUCUCAAUUCUGAUAUUUAUGCAUAAUGUGAUGUUUGUGUUUGUUCCUUAAAAGGCUGCAAUGUAAUCUGCUAUUGUGGCUGCAGAAAUACUUGAGUGAUUAUAAAUAGUAACAAGGAGCAGUUCUACUUAAAUUUAUUACAGAUGGAUGUUGGAAAAACUGUACUGAUGGAACUCUGUGCUCGUUCUUUGCAAUGAUGUUGGAAGCACAGAUUUGUAAAAAAGAAAACAAAAACAGUAGUGUGGCAAUAGCAUGAUAAGAACAUGUAGUUUCUUGUUGUUUUUGUGUGUCUGUGUGUGGUUUCUUUGCAGGCUCCUAGAAACAGAUAGCAAAUCCUUGCGAUCGGUAAAUGGGUCAAGAAGAAAUAGUGGAUCUUCUCUUGUAUCUAGUUCAUCAGCUUCUAGCAAUCUCAGCCAUCUUGAAGAAGACUCGUGGAUCCUUUGGGGGAGAAUUGUGAAUGAAUGGGAAGAUGUACGGAAAAAGAAAGAAAAGCAAGUUAAGGAGCUUGUUCGAAAAGGGAUACCUCAUCAUUUCAGAGCAAUUGUUUGGCAGCUUCUGUGUAGUGCUCAAAGCAUGCCAAUAAAGGAUCAGUAUUCAGAGCUUUUGAAAAUGACAUCUCCUUGUGAGAAACUAAUAAGAAGGGACAUUGCUAGAACGUAUCCAGAGCAUGAUUUCUUUAAGGAGAAAGACAGCCUUGGUCAGGAGGUUUUAUUUAAUGUAAUGAAGGCUUAUUCUUUGGUGGAUCGUGAAGUUGGAUACUGUCAAGGAAGUGCUUUUAUUGUUGGAUUACUACUUAUGCAGAUGCCAGAAGAAGAAGCAUUUUGUGUGUUUGUUAAAUUAAUGCAAGAUUACAGACUACGAGAACUCUUCAAACCAAGCAUGGCUGAACUGGGCCUUUGUAUGUACCAGUUUGAGUGCAUGAUACAGGAGCAUCUUCCAGAACUUUAUGUGCACUUUCAGUCUCAGAGUUUCCACACUUCUAUGUAUGCAUCAUCAUGGUUUUUAACUAUAUUUCUUACAACUUUUCCACUACCAAUUGCAACAAGAAUAUUUGAUAUCUUUAUGUCUGAGGGUUUGGAGAUAGUAUUUCGAGUAGGUUUAGCACUACUUCAGACAAACCAAGCAGAAUUACUGCAACUUGAUAUGGAAGGGAUGUUACAGCACUUUCAAAAGGUCAUUCCACAUCAGUUUGACAGUGGUCCAGACAAAUUAAUCCAAGCAUCUUACCAAGUCAAAUACAAUGCAAAAAAGAUGAAAAAGUUAGAGAAGGAAUACACUACAAUAAAAACAAAAGAAAUGGAAGAACAAGUCGAAAUUAAAAGGUUGCGAACUGAAAAUAGGCUCCUAAAACAGCGCAUUGAAACACUAGAGAAAGAAAGUGCUUCCUUGGCAGAUAGAUUGAUACAGGGACAAGUGACAAGGGCCCAGGAGGCUGAGGAAAACUACCUCAUAAAACGGGAGCUGGCCACCAUCAAACAGCAGAGUGAUGAGGCCAAUACUAAACUGGAGCAAGCUGAGAGUACCAUCAGGGAGCUCCAACAGCAGCAGCAAUGGCAUAAAUGCAGUUCACGAUACAGUGAAGACUUUGUGCUACAGCUGGAAAAAGAGCUGGUCCAAGCCAGGCUGAGUGAAGCAGAAUCCCAUUGUGCCCUGAAGGAGAUGCAAGACAAAGUUCUAGAGAUGGAAAAGAGGAACAGUGCUCUCCCUGAUGAGGAAAAUGUUGCUAGACUACAAGAAGAACUGAUUGCAGUGAAACUAAGAGAAGCAGAAGCUUUGAUGGGUCUCAAAGAACUAAGGCAGCAAGUCAAAGACUUGGAGGAACACUGGCAGCGUCACCUAGCUCGCACCACUGGGAGGUGGAAAGAUCCUCCGAGAAAAAAUACAGUGAAUGAACUGCAGGAUGAGCUGAUGACAGUCCGACUGAGAGAAGCAGAAACUCAGGCUGAAUUGAAAGAAACCAAACAAAGAAUGAUGGAGAUGGAAACACAGAGUCAGAUCAAUAAUAACCAUUUGCGAAGGGCAGAGCUGGAGGUCACCAGCCUGCAGGAGAAGGUACAGUAUCUUACUGCACAGAACAAAGGACUUCUUGCUCAGCUGAAUGAAGCAAAACGUAGACAAGCGGAGAUUGAAUGUAAGAGUAAAGAAGAAGUGAUGGCAGUGCGGCUCCGUGAGGCAGACCGCAUAGCAGCUGUGGCUGAACUCCAGCAGCACAUUGCUGAAUUAGAAAUCCAGAAAGAAGAAGGAAAGAUUCAAGGGCAGCUUAAUAAAUCUGAUUCUAACCAGUAUAUCAGAGAACUGAAAGAUCAGAUAGCUGAGCUGCAUCAUGAGAUCAAAUGCUUAAAAGGACAGAGAGACUUCUCAGACCAACCCACUUUUGAUGGGAUCCACAUUGUCAACCAUUUCACAGGAGAUGAUGAGUCAUUUCAUUCUUCUGAUGAAGAUUUUAUAACUAACUCCAUACAGGAGAGUGGGGUAAGCUUUCACUUACACAGGAGGACUGGUCAGAUGGCUUUGGAUCACGCAGUUGUAGGCAGCAGUGACAGUGAGACUGAAGAAAGCACACUCCAGACUGGAAACUUGGACAAGAUGGUUUCCAAACAGAGGAGAAUGGAAUCUUACUCUACUACUGUGUGAUGAUCACUGUGACUAGCAUUUGAAGACUUCUGUGUUUCUUUAAGGCUUAAAUUGUCAGAUAAUUGAAGGCAUCCAGCAGUUGGUUUAAGUAACUACUGGAUCUGUUCUGGCCUGUGAUAAAUACACACAUGUACUGUCCACCUGCCUUCUCUUUGCCAAAUCUUGCUAGUGACGUACCAUUGCUGUGACGCAGGCUGGGAAGAAGUUAAUGGAUGACAGUUCUGACAGUAUUACUGAAUGUUCCUUGUUUUAGAAACUGCAAAUAUAUAAUUUCUUUAAAUGUGUGAGAAACCCUUUUGCUGUUCACAAGGAUGGGAAUUAUUUUCCUCAAAAGAAAUCGCUCUUGUGCAAUAUUUUAUGCUCUGAACAAAUGUGUAUGUUUUACAUCGUUAUCCAUUUGUGAUCAAGAUGGACUCUAACCAUCUGAUCAUAUGGCAUAUAUAUAAUUAUGCUUCUCAAUUACUUCUGUUUUAUUAAAGUUACCAAAUGCCCACAGAAGGCUUGAAAGAGAAGCCAUAAUCUAUACUACUUCCUAUAUACAAGUACUGGUCACUAAUGUCGUAAAGGUGUUUUUCACCCUUUUCACUUAAAUUUAUGUGCAUCUGCUUUUGAUGUUGCUAAAUAAUACCUGGUCUGAAUAUAUUAACUACAAUAAUGUUUAUUUUGUACAUAUUUAUAUAACUGCACCAAGCUGAAAAUGUAUAUUAUACCAUUUUAUACGAGGAAUGUAAAUGUUGCAAUAUGACUGUCUCAUAUUCUACCUGGAAAAUGAAUUCUGUAUAUACACACUAGAAAUGAAUUGCUAAAUAAAAGCAAAACACUAACUUUACAUUUAGUUUCGGUCUAGCUAGCUAACGAAUUCCUGUCUAACUGAAAUGCUUGUUCAAAACACUAUUGACUGAAAUCUUCUACCUUCAUAUAUAUGUAAUGAAAAUAAAUUUUUCACAAUUUAA